GAAACAUUUCGUCGCUUGAAAUAUCUUUGACUUUGGUAAUUUUGGCUUCGUCGGUGUCGGCUAUUUUCUUAAUUUUACUUAAAAGCGGAAUAUAUUCCAUUGAUUUCUUUGUCUUUUUCGUGUUGAUUUUUGCAUAUUUAUAUGAAGUUUAAAUUGCAAAAUGACUAGUGAAGAAGCUACGACGAACAACGCAGAUUUAGACAUUAUUAUGGAAAAAGUUGAUCCUAAUAUCUGUACAGAAUUGAAUGCCUCAGCUCCUAGUGUGCUCAUGAAAGCAUGUGUAGUUGGCUCACAGAAUAAAGAUAACACAGAAUUGAAUAAUGCCUUAAAGAUGCUAGAUGUAGAAGUUAUCUAUUCUGAUGAUGGUCGGGACAUUGCUGAUGCCUCCACAAUGUCGGAUGCCGUAGAGAUUGUAUUUAUUUGUGAGCCAUUUGAAGGCAAACAUUUUGACUAUCUAUGGAAGGAAGAUCAUCGAAUUGUUGGCCCUUCAGUCAUUUAUAAUUGUGCUAAAGAAAAUUUACCUUUACCUUGGUCAUCUCGUCCUCUUUAUUGCACUUCAAUGUCAAAUAUUGUUGUAUGUUUUACGGGAUUUAAGGAGAAGAGCAAACUGUCAAAUUUAUGUGCACUUGUUCACUAUAUGGGAGGUAGUGUACGUAAAGAUUUCAAUGGUAGACGUGUCACUCAUCUUGUUGCAAAUUCUGCUAGUGGUGAGAAAUACAGGGCUGCUGUAGGACUGGGUACAAGUAUAAUGACCGAGGAAUGGGUUCAUAAAUGUUGGGAUAUGCGAUCUAAUUUAACAUGGAAUGCAGAAAAUGAGGAAAUGAUGGACUAUAAGCUUCCACCAUUUUUCGAAUGCUGCUUAACAUUUGUGGGAUUUCCUGAGGAAGAAAAGGCUCACAUGGAGGAAACGACGAUUGAACAGGGCGGGACAUUCUGCAGUCUUGAAGACAAGAGGUUUUCUCAUGUUGUUGUGGAGGAUAGCGUUAAAGAGAUUCCUCAAGAAGCAUUGGAAGUAAAAAAUGUAGAAAUUGUUAGACAAGAGUGGUUUUGGGCGAGUAUCCAAGUCGACGCACGCGCUGAUUCAGGCUUGUACCUUUUUAAACAGACUACCUCUGAUACAACAAGAUGUGGAACUCCAUUGAGCAAUCAAAAAAAUCGAAAACGACGUCGAAUGAAAGAGACAGACGUAAUGGAAUUGCUCUCACCAGCUAAUUCCCCUUGUCACGCACCGAAAAGAAAGAGUAAUGAUAUUUUAUCGGUUAGUUCAUUCUCAGGCUCAUUACUUGACUACACUAUGGCUUCUCCUGGUACGCCUCGUGAAGACAUGUUUUCUACACCAACUAAUCAACUAAUGCCUGACAAUGAAACUGCGGCACCGUUGACAGCAGUUUCACCUCUCAAACCAAAAACAGCGCGUGAACAAGUUGCCUUAGAAUUGCUACAAACUGAACGGAACUAUGUGGAAAUACUUAAUACAAUUCUAAAGGUUUUUAAGCAUCCUUUGGAACAAGAAGAUCAGAGAGCUGGACCAAUAUUGGCAGCAGAGGAAAUUAAAACAAUAUUUGGAUAUUUACCAGACAUUCUACAAGUUCAUCAUCAAAUGAUGGUCGAAUUAGAAAAUCUUUUAUCGUGCUGGACAGAAGAUAAAUGUAUUGGAAAUGUUAUCCUGAAACAUGCUGAUGUGCUCAUGAAAGUGUAUCCUGUAUUUGUAAAUUUCUUCGAAAUGAGCAAAGAAACUGUUAUGAAAUGUGACCGAGAAAGACCAAGAUUUCACGCAUUUCUCAAGAUAUGUCUUAGUAAACCAGAAUGCGGACGACAGACAUUAGCAGAACUUCUUAUCAGACCUGUUCAAAGACUUCCUAGCAUGAACCUACUUUUGACAGAUUUACUCAAACAAACAAGAAAAACAGACUCAAAUAACCCUGACAUUCUUCCUUUGGAAAAAGCAAUUGAAGCUCUCAAAAGUGUUAUGACACAUAUAAAUGAAUAUAAACGAAAGACUGAUAGUCAAGUCCAAAUGUUUGAAAUCAUACAAGAUAUUGAUAACUGCCCGCCAAACAUUUUAUCUUCUCAUCGAUGUUGUGUUGCAAAAAUGGAUGGAUUCGAAUUAAGUGAUGUAUUUUGUGGAAAAGCGCAACCUGUAACAAUGUUUUUAUUCAGCGAUAGUCUUGAGGUUACAAAACGACGCAGUAACGUUAACAAAAACAGUGCUACAUCUUUCCCAAUGAAAAGUCCAGCUAGUAAAACACCUCAAAGAGCUUAUAAACAUCUGGAGUUUAUUCCAUUGUCGCAAUUACGUAAAGUUGUUGAUAUCAUAGAGCAAGAUGAAAACCAUGAUCUAUUUGGAUUCAUGUAUCGAUCAAGUGACAUGAUCGAAAGAUUUGCAAUGCUUCGUCUCGUAUCAGAUGAAAUUUCAAAGGAACUCUGGUUGGAGAAACUUGUCAAUGGUUUAGCUAAUGCUGCUUCAAUUGCAAACAGAGCUGAGUGUUUUACUACAUUGGAUGCUAGUACAUUGGCUAUAAACAAGAGUGAUUUGGCCUUGACGAAUCAAUCAAAAAUUGGUCGCGCCGUGAGGGUUGCGAAGAAAACAACGAAAAAAGUAAGCCGUGCUUUUUCCAUGAAUAAAACUCCAAGAAGCAAAGUAAAUCUCGUCAAACGCUCUAAUUCAAAUGUUUCUCCUGGAGGAAUUUCGUUAAGUGGAAGUCCUCUUCGAAAAUGUACAAAAGAAAAUUUACGCACAAGACUGCUGGGAACUGGCGAAGAACCUAAAGUCAAAGAAUUGAAAUCUGACUUCAAAGCAAUGAGUCAAUACAUGAGUUCUCCUUCAUUGUUGCCUGGGAAAACAUAGGGUAGUAGCAUUGUUUACAACAUUUUUGAAAACAUCGUCAAAAAAGUUUUAAAACCAAUCCUCGUGAUCUUUGCCUUGGCUAGCACCGAAAAUUUAAUAAGAAAAGGAUAAUAUGCAUUCCAUAUUACUUAUUUUACAUCGUUUAUUAGUAGCAAAAAAUGAUUAUUAGAAAUAAUUUCUCUACUGAUGUUUAAUGCACAGUACAAAUGUUAGUUAAUUUUCUUACUUAUGAUCAAUCUAGCAAUAUAUUAUAUUAUACGUUACUUUUACUUUAUAUUAUGAUUUUAUGAUCAAACAUUCAAUUAUUGGUUUAAUUUUCAUAAGUGUAAAUAUGAUUGAUAAAGUUUUGGAUACGAUAAUUACUGAUGACUAAAUAGUUCACUACAACA